AAGGGUCAAUGUGAAGGCCGGCCGAGUGUUUGUUGUGAAGUAGAUCAAUGCAUGGUUUGGCUGACGUGACCACGCUUGCUGAACGCGGGAAUCUCCACGCGCUAGUGAGCAGGAGAUCUCAUCACCCGUUGAUCACCCGUGGCGAAACUCCGACAUGGCUGACAGUCAAACGAAACAAUCCGAGGAAUCAGCUCAAGAAGAAGUUUGGAGACGCGCCUUUCAGCUUUUUGAUAAGGACAACGACGGGACCAUCUCUCUGAAGGAACUGGGAAGCGUGCUACGCAGCCUGAACUUUAAUCCAUCAGAGAAACUUGUGUGCGAGGCGGCGAAGAGGUUGGACAAAGAUGGCAAUGGCAAGUGCGACUUCGGGGACUUCCGGGUGUUCAUGAAGGAAACCAAGGAAUGCAUGCCCUCCAAAGAGGAAUUCCUGGACGUGAUGUUGCGAGCCUUCAAGACGUUCGACAGGGACGGUAACAAGUUCAUCGACAGGAAGGAGAUCGAGGGUGUUCUCACUAGCCUCGGAGAACAGCUCUCUGAGUCCGAACUGGACUACAUGAUGAAGUACGCGGAUCUCAAUGGCGAUGGCAAGAUCGACUAUCAGGAGUUUGUCAACUUGUGCCUGAAACCCUGCUUAUAAUGGCGCCGACGCCUGGACACGAUAACUAAUUCCUGUAUGAGAAUAUAGUAGAGGAGGUUCAUGCCACCGUCCAUCACUCCGUCAACGGCUAAAUCUUUGACAGUAUGCCACGUGUAUAUUCUACGACAUCUCUAUCACCGACAGCUGAUCUCAAAGUUGAAUAUACAACUAUUUGAUUGUCAUAUCCUCAGUCAGACUUUCAUGUAGCCACACACGAACCUUCAGUGUACAGGAAACGAAGUGCCAAUCUAUGAUACCUGGUGGCAUUAUGUUGUUCCCUGUCUUAUAAACACCAUUAUUAACUCAUCUUCUGCUUUUGGCACACAUUUCUAAACAAACAUGUUUGAGAAGACUGGUUCUAUGUUCUACGUGUAUUACUGUAUUGAGGCAGAUUUCAAAAGUUGUAGACCACUUUAAUUUUUACCUUUGAAUUAUUUAAAUAUACUGAAACAUGUGGUACAAAUAUAAACAAAGAGCUUGAAUCCUACGUCAAAGACGUUUCAGUACCAGUGUGACGUCAGUGUUUUGGAUCACGGAUGGCCAAGUUGUCUGAGGCCCUGUGCAAUGUGUUGACCCUUUUGCUAACUGCAAAACUGUUCAAAGCCACGAUAAAACCAAUUCACUCACUCAGUUUGUUGUAUAUUUCUUCUGUUAGUAGGGGGUGUGGGUUCGAAUCCAGGUUCGCCCCGAUUACGUUUCUAGGUUUGUCAGCAGCAUACCCGUGCUCGUAGGUUUCACCGAAGUGGUAAACGUCUGUGACAUGCAUCAUUUCGGGCUUUCCUCACACAUUAAGUUGACACGCCGCGAUAUAACUGUAAUCCUGUUAAAAGAGUCCUUACCCAACUCACUCACUCACUCUGUCAGUAAUACAGAAAACCUUAUUCCACAGGGUGAUCUGGUACACGCACAGGAGUUAUCUGCCCUGAUCAUCCUCUUCACAUGUAGGCUUUCAGAAUUAUCACAAAUCUAUGUUGCUUGUAAAGAAGUUUAUUGGAUGUUAAUCUUUGUUGUAUUUGAUAAUUUAUCUAGUUAAAUUAACUGAGCCAUCA